UUUUGAUCGUCAAAUCAGUGGUCAGAUCCUAUGCAGUGAUGUCUUCUUUUGCCACUUUACCACUCAAUUAUCCCAAAGCCAUCAGAAAAUUGGACGAAACAGUGGUCUCCAGAAUAAAUGCCGGAGAAGUGAUCCACAGACCCGUCAAUGUUGUCAAAGAGCUGAUUGAGAACAGUCUGGACGCCAACGCCACAGCCAUUGAGGUGACCGUCAAGGAUGGAGGAAUGAAAUCAAUUGUCAUUCAAGACAAUGGAUGUGGUAUUCGUAAAGAAGACUUAGAGAUAGUCUGCGAGCGGUUCACGACAUCUAAGCUACAAGUGUUUGAAGACUUGCUUGAGAUGCAGACGUAUGGCUUCAGAGGUGAGGCAUUGGCGGCAAUCAGUCAUAUCUCUUAUCCCAAAUCAAAUGUGGUUCCCAUGGCUGCCAACGACGGGACAGUGAUUACUGUGGAAAACCUUUUCUAUAACUUAGUGAUGAGAAAGAAUGCAUUGAAUUCCUAUUCACACGAAUAUAAUCUCAUUCUCGAGUUAUUAACCAAAUAUGCGGUCAAUAACUCAAACAAAGCCGCCUUUUCUCUCAAGAAAUUUGGAGACAAUUGUGAUUUGAAUACAAAUAUAGAGAACAAAAGCAUUGAAAACAUUAGAGGACUCUAUGGCGCAAACAUUGCCAACAAUUUGAGUGAACUCUCAUUUGAAGACUCGAAUCGACUUAAGUUUUCUAUGACUGGCUUUACUUCCAAUCAGAAUAUCCAUCAAAAGAGUUUUGUAUUCAUUUUGUUUAUUAACAACCGAUUAGUCGAGUGCUCAUCACUUAAGAAAGCCAUUGAUUUGGUUUACAGUAAUUAUCUGCUGAAGAGUUGUCAUCCAUUUGUGUAUUUGGACAUAAAAAUCGAUCCAAAGAAUGUUGACGUCAACGUCCAUCCCACCAAAAAUGAAGUCCAUUUCCUUCACGAACAGGAAAUUUGUGAAAAAGUUGUGCAAAUCAUUGAAAGCAAACUCACAGACGGCAGAGAAACACGUCGUUUGAAUACUGAACCAAAUCCUCUGAUCAAUGCAUCGUUUUCCCAGAUCUCGAUGGCAUCGGUCGAUGAAAGUCCUAAGAGAAACACAAAUGAAAAAUGCGUUCAAAUGAAUAGAAAGAGUCCUAAAGUGUCGCACACAGAGACUACUCCUAAGAGACCACACAAACAGAUCCGCACCGAUAGUAAAGACAGAAAAAUCGACGAAUACUUAUUGAAUGCAAAGAAAAUGAAUAAAAGUAGAAGAGAUCUCAAACUGAACAGUGUUUCAUCCCUUCGACAAAAGGUGUCCGAAGAGAGUGAUAGUCGUCUUCAGGAGAUGAUAUGUAACUCGUCUUAUGUCGGGUGCGCUGACGAGACGUUUGUUUUGUUUCAAUUCGAGACACAACUGCUAUUAGUGAACGCCUAUAAUCUGAAUAUCGAACUCUUCUAUCAGCUCUUUCUCGUGGAUUUCGGCAAUUUCGCCAAAAUUAGAUUUCGUAAACCAUUACUAAUCUCUGAUUUAGUGAAACCAUAUAUUGAAGAACUGAAUAAAAGCAUAGAUUCCGACACUCAGAGCAGUCAAACACUGGAUGUGACCCAAAUCGAGACCAUUCUUAUGGGAAAGAGUGAAAUGCUUUCCGAUUACUUCUCACUUGAUAUUAGCGCCGACAGACAAUUGAUUAGUUUACCCAUAAUUCUGGAGGGAUUUAUUCCCAACUUUGCAUUUUUACCACAAUUUCUCUAUAGUUUGGCAAAAGAUGUCAAUUGGGAUAAAGAGAAGGAAUGCUUUGAAAGUAUUGGCAAAGUUUUGGCCAAUUUCUAUGCAAAGCCUCCCAACAAAUUCAACUCCAAUUUAGAUCAUCAAAAGUGGGCUAAAGUUGUCGAAAGUGUUAUAUAUCCCAAAUACAAACAACUCCUAUGUCCGCCAAAACGACUUUCAGAUAAUUCAACAUUUUUUGUGACAACAAGACUCUCGGAUUUAUAUAAAGUAUUUGAAAGAUGUUAA